AUGGCCAUGUUGCUUCACGACGUCCCCGAAGAGCUCCUCGAGCGCAUCCUCGCCCUUCUCCUCGUCCAGUCUCCCGACGCCAACCGCCCCUCUUGGCACGCCUACGCCUCCUCCCCCUCCCCUUCCUCCUCUACCCACCCCACCAUCAUCUCCCCUCUUCUCGUCUGUCGCAAGUGGCUGCGCAUCGGCACUCCCAUCCACUACCGGAGCCCAGUCCUCCGCACUCCUCGCCAUGUCGAGCUCUUCUUCCGCGCGAUCCGCCACGCUCCAUCGCUAGCGCUCGCUGUUCGCGCCCUCCACAUCCACGCGACCUCGCCCGCCCUUCGCGAUGUCGUCCCGUACUGCAAGAACCUCGACACUCUCGACAUCACCGUCGAUAACGGCGAAUCUGACGGCAGCCCGUCCACCGCGAACCCUGCGCGCGAUGCCGCUCGGGAUCGGAACGUCAUUGCGUUCUGCGAAGCCUUCUCCCGCACUCGGUCCAUCCGGAACCUCAUCGUCCGCAAGAACGCUUACCUGACCCAGCCUGGCGCCAUCUACGUCUUCGAGCACCUCGCAGCGGCCAUCGCCCACUGGCCCCGCCUGGAAUCCGUCAACGUUGCCUUCCGGCUUUCCCUCUCUCCCGCCGCCACUGCCCUAGUCAAGGCGCUCGCUGUCGCUCCGCGGUUGCACACCGUCUAUACCCAUCUCCCCGCCGUGUGGAAUACCCUUCUCCUUGACAUAUCCGAGAACCCAGGCCUCUCCCGUGUUGUACUCUCCCCAUCACCCGAGCAAGCCGGCGCACACCUCUUCGUCGCUCAGGCGCGCGCUCACCCGCGCCUCAUGACACUCAUUCACGCCGGUACUCCGCCUCCACCGCAGCUCGCCGUUUCUGCCGCGAGCAUGCGUGCGCGCGCGGCCAGUGCCGCGGUCCCGAGCAAACCCAUCUUGCCAGUCGCGACUUGGGGAUACGAGCGCGAGGUGCCGCCCCGGUGUGCGCGCCCUCGUCUCAGCGCCGCUUAUCCAGCGGGUCCUUCUGGCCCCGCGUACGGCGCUCCUUCGCGACACGCCGGACCUCCGUCAGCCUAUGGACACGCGCAGCCCCAGUACUACCAACAGUACCAUGGGCAACACCUCCACCCGUACGCGGUGCCCGAGCCAGUGCCGCAGGGUGCGCUCGUCGCCAGCCACGCACGGCGGAACGCCCCGGGCGCACGUCGCAUGACAGCCUCGUAA